ACGUGGCAUGUGUAGGAUUUAUGUACAAAUGUUGGUUUUAGGUUUACUGGAAUAUAUAAAGCAAUGACCAUUGUAUUUUUAAAGUGUUUUAUAGUUUGCCUUAUGUAUGGGAUGUGAGAGUGUUUUCCAAAGCAGCUAUUAUAAAUUGUUUUAGGACUGAGUGAAUGUAAAUAACACUGCUAAUCUAAACAAUUUGACAGUACCGUACUUCCUGGAUUCUGCACUGUUUAGAAGGAUGGUGGUAUAACAGAAUUGCCAAGGUCAAAGUUUAAGAAGAAAUACACUGCUUGACCAUAGUUUGUAUGUACAUGUUCUGUUUGAAAGUGAUCAGUGUGGAGUAAGUGCUAGGUAUUGUGAUUUGUGAGUGUCUGGUAUGUCACUAUGAGUACGACCUUCAAGGAGUACCAGUAUGAGUAUGAGCCAGUGGCUGAGGAAGACUGGGAGGAGUACUGGCUCGAUGAUAACAAGUUCACCCAGCUGCCCUGGGAAGACCUCAGAGGCAUGACAGUGACCUCUGGGUCAGUGACCUUGACAAAAGAUGAGAAGAACCUGAUAGGCAUAAGUAUUGGGGGUGGGGCCCCUCUGUGCCCUUGCCUGUAUGUGGUACAGAUCUUUGACAAUACCCCUGCUGCCAAGGAAGCCACCCUGCAAUCUGGAGAUGAGCUGGUUGGGGUCAACGGGCAAUCCAUGAAAGGUCGCUCCAAGGUUGAGGUCGCCAGAACUAUACAGUCAAUAAAGGGAGAAGUGACGAUCAAUUACAACAAGCUACAUGCUGAUCCAAAGCAGGGCAAAUCACUGGACAUAGUGCUGAAGAAAGCAAAACAUCGGGUGGUAGAAUCGUUAAACUCAAACACAGCAGAUGCCCUUGGUCUCAGUCGAGCCAUUCUCUGUAACGAUGGUCUGGUAAAGAAGCUACAGGAGUUGGAGCGUACAGCAGAGACGUACAAGGGCCUCAUUGAGCAUGCCAAGAAAUUACUCAAGGCAACAUUUGACCUCUCACACUCUCACAAGGCAUUUGGUGAGGUGUUUAGCAGUAUCGGUGUACGGGAGCCCCAGCCGGCCGCCAGUGAAGCCUUCUCCAAGUUCGGGGAAGCACACAGGGACAUGGAGAAGUUUUCCUUCAAAAUGCUUAAAACUGUCAAACCAAUGAUCAGUGACCUCAAUACGUUCCUGAACAAGGCAGUGCCAGAUACUAGGCUGACGGUCAAGAAAUAUCUUGAUGCUAAGUUUGAGUACCUGUCGUAUUGCCUGAAGGUCAAGGAGAUGGAUGAUGAGGAGUACAGCUAUGCCGCCCUCCAGGAGCCACUAUACCGUGUAGAGACUGGAAACUAUGAGUACAGACUGGUGUUAAGAUGCAGACAGGAAGCUCGUAUAAAAUUUGCCAAGAUGCGGUCAGAUGUUCUAGUAAAACUGGAGCUGUUGGACCAAAAGCAUGUCCAGGAUAUAGUGUUCCAGCUGCAGAGGUUCGUGUCAGGUAUGGCCAAGUACCACAGUGACUGUCACGCUGUCAUGAAGGAUGCCAUUGUGUUUCCCAUCGAGGUGGAUUUAUCUCGUGGGACGUUCACCUAUGACACAUCACAGCAGUUUAACGAUGAAGAGGAGGAUGAAGAGGAAUCCCACAUAGAUACAGGAAUGGAGUUCUCCGGGGAUCUUAUAUCCACUGACUGAUAAUUGUGUAAUUGUCUCACGUAGAUAUGGUAAAGGAGUUCUCUGGGGAGCUUAUAUCCGUUCACUGAAUAUUUUGUCAUUCAGAAUUGUAGGAUUUUAGAAAAGGUUAAAACUAGCCAAAGAUUAAAAAAAAUGAUAAGCCAUAUUGGUUUGUUUGUAGGAAAACAUAGCUGUUGAGAUUCAUUGGAUGAAAAAAAAAAAUUAAAAUGAAUUAGUAAAUCCAAAAAAGCGUGUAAAAGAAUAAUUCCUUUUCUUAUUUUUAUACUAAAAAGAGUGUAAAAGAAUAUUUCCUUUUCUUAUUUUACAAACAAAGCUUUUCCAUUUCUAGAGUAAUUAGAUGUGCAUUUGAAUAAUGUAAGGCUAUUUAAGAAUCUACGGUACAUACAUUCAAGAGAAAACUAUUCAACAAAGUGUUGUGACAUAUUGAAACUAUUUACGGCAUGUUAGUAUGGCUGUAAGAUUUUAGAUAAUGCAUGUGUGAUUAACUUAUGAGGAGAUCUUGGUCUGCACUUCCUUUGAAUGUCGAUGUGAAAUACGUAAAACUGUAUUUAUUUGCAAGGCAAGAGAGAUAGUACAGUGAUGAAUGGACUAUGUUUUGUGCAAUAUGUUGUUACUGUUUUGUUAUUUGUAUGUGAAACUACACAAUUACAUUUUAUGUGACAAUAGUUUAUCUUUGAUUGUGCAGUUUGAUAUUGUUUUUGGCUGGAUUCUUUGUUAAGUUUUGAACUUACGUUUUACUGGAUUGUGAAAAUGAACUUAUUUUCUCUGACAAACAUCUAUUUUGUAUGGCCUGGUUGUUCAAAACUCUCGUUAAAUUACUUACGCUUACGCUGACGUGUUAACGUUAACCAUAAGCGUUAACGUAAACUAACGAAAUCAGCGUUAUCCUGUUGUUCAAAAUUCUAUUGGCGUAAGCGUUACCUAACACUGAUGUAACAAUUACCAUUUGGCGUUAACAUCAGCGUUAAGCUCACUUCCUGUUUGUAUUUCCAUAAUCCUUUACAAUUUCUGUGGCCUGAUGUGGUAAAAAUACAAUUAAGCUAACCCUGUCUAUUUUGUUACAGUAUAUGUCUUUCACCAAAAAAUGUUCAUGCAUUCCUACUUGUCUCAUCUAACGGUUACAUUCCAUUCAUGCAUUUAAGUGAUCUGUCUUACUACGCAUUGAAUCUCCAUUUUUAAGGUCUGAUAUUUGAUAUUUUCAAACUGUUUUUGUUAUUUUGUGCAAUAUAAAGACAAACUUGUGAAAUCCUGUUAUGUUCUACAUUGCUUGUAUCAGUUUGUAUUUCAUGUUAAAUUAUAUUGUCAUAAGAUAAAAAUGUUUUGGCAACUGGCAUUGAACUAAAAUGUGAAGAUAUUUAUAAGUAAGUUGUAAAAAGAUACCCAUGGGGUAUACUUGAAAACCUGUUAAGUUGCAAUUAUGCAAUUAUUAUACUGGAAUUAAAUACUACAAACAAUCUGGGACCAAUAACAUCUUACUCCCAGUUACAAUUAAUUGUUCACAUCAAAUCAUUCCUUUUUGUGUAAAACAUUGUUGUGUGACUAAGUUAAAUGAUUUGUUACUUUAAAAUAGAAAGUCUAUGUCGUUAUUCAUAUUUCAUUCCAUGGAAUUAUAGUAUUUAUGUUGUAAUUAAAAGAAAUAAAACCAAAAAAAAUA